GAUUGUUGCAAAAAUAUGCAUUCAUAAAAGAAAAAAAGAAAAAAAAAUAUCCGUGGGGUUCCAAAAUAUCCGGGUUCCUGUCCCUGGAAGUUCUUUCCAAAGUUUUGCCAAGUAAAAGGAAUGGUAUUGUGUGGCACAAUAUUCUGACAACAACAAUAGUAACAAUGUUAUUAGGCUGCAAGGUGGCUCGGUUGUUAGCCGCACUGUCUUGAUUCAAAACCUAACAGCAGACUCUGCAGCAGAAUUGGAUACGGUUCUUUAUGUAUUUCCUUAUUAUCAUCACAUGUUGCUAAGUUGUAUGUGUAACUAUUGGCCCUUCUGUUGUUCUCUAGAAUAUUAAACCAGCGGCACAUAGUUCAGUUCAAAGUAUUUUAGAGAUCAGAUUCCUUCCUUUCAGGUUCUGAUACAAAAAAGGGAACUAUGUAUGGCAACUAGUAAUUAAGAUCACAACAAUUCACUGGUUUUCUGACAUUGAGGCUGUUUUUCAUUGAAAAAAAUAGUGUCUUCAGUCAGAGGCUUCUUCAAAUCUGUUCUAAUACAGACUGUUACAGGAGAUCUUCUUUGCCCACAGCCAUUACUGUCUACAAUAACUAUCUCAUUAAAAGAUUUGCAACAACAUUUAAUUUCACUUUGGGAUCAAUAUUUUUGAAUUAAAUCUGAUUUGAAUUAAAUGUGCUCAACUCAAGCACAUUUAAUUGCUGGAGCAAUUAAUUAAUUUAAUUGCAUUUAAUUGCACAUUUAAUUGCAAUUUAAUUGCAAUUAAUAUUUAAGCUCCAGUUUCAGCAACUAGAAGUCAGCUCUGAAUUUUAUUGUUGCUCGUUUAGCAACCAUAAACGAGCAACAAUAAUAAAAUAAUAAUAAAAACCUGAAUUUGUAUUACUCGAUAAAAUUUCAUCUCUUUAUCGAAUAAUAUAUUUAUCUGUCACCUACACAAAAACUUCUUCCACGCCGCCUCAACAUCACCACUACCCGAGUCAUCCACCGGUUGACUGCAAGGGAACGUGUCUUGUGUUCGUGCGUUUGCUCGGACAAGUCACGCCCUGUUACAGAUAAAAAAAGAAACCACCAGAUAAAUUUUGCUCCUUAAUUUAAUAUUUUUAAGCACGCACUAAGUAGCUUAUUUUAGUUUGACGAAAUAAUCUAUUUUCCUCUUUGUGGAGCUGCUCUGAAACUACUGAGAGUGAAGGCGGGGCUAUGGUUAAAUCUGUUUGUGGGCGGAGUUUAGUAAACUUAGAAAAUGACAACAAGCACCAAGAACAAGUAUUAAAAGGCAGCUAUAAGUGCAAAACUUCUGGUGAGAAUGAGCACAUAUUAUUUUAUAUCCGUAAAUUUAGCCGCUAUUAGCAUUAACCUUGGAACCAUUCAGAUGGACAAAAAACACGCCUCUAUAUCUUGCGCAUGCGCACUUGCUCUUAUUUACAAAGCCAAACGGAGCGCGGUAAUGCAGAAAACGGCUAACAAAAACAGCUUAACAUCUCACCUUUUUGUAGCAAAUAAUCACAUUUCGACCCACUCCCGGUUCUCGCAGAGCCACCAAAGCGGCUACAUGUCAACGACUGUCAGUUGGAUGCAGCCGUAGUAGCCUGAAGCUAACUGCAGCAUCAGUAGCUGCGGCAACAUGGCACACUGGAGCACCUUCGAGAAGGAGACGGAGAGAGAGACGAAGAGGCUGGUCAGGUGUCUCACUGGAGUGCAAGACGAGGAAGACCAGAACUUCCAACUGGCGCUGAAGUUCGCUUGGUCAAACUUCAAGUUUCAUCGGUAUUUGGAUGCUGACCGUCAUAAAAUUCAACGCACAAUCAAUGGAAUCUAUGAAAAGCUCAUGGUCCACUCUGACCUGAGUAAGGCGGGCAGCUGGAGGAGACUGACCGAGGAGUUUCUGACCUCACCGCUGCCCAACACCAACGGAGCGAAGACAGACACACACUACGGGAUCCUGUCUCUGCUGCUUUUCUUAUCAGAUUCUCCCUCAAACACAAACUUCACUGAGAGACCCAGGGUGAAAGAUGCCGAACCGGAGGACGAGUUCGACUGGGCCAAGUACCUCAUGGAAGGGGAGGACGUGGACGCCGGGCCGUUCCCGGACACGCCGGAGUGGUCGGAGGACGAAAGCGAGGACGACGACGCGCAGCAGCCAAUCAGCAGGGAGGACUCUGGGAUCCAGUUGGACAGAACCCCCCAGGAGGACCAGGACACCACCAGCAAGACGGUGCCAGUCGCGUGGACGGUGGGGGAACCAGACGCCCGGACCUGGCUCGAACAGCAUGUGGUGACUCCGUACUGGGUCGCUCACGCUCCUCGCUUCUCCCACAGCUUGCAUUUACACUCCAACCUGCUCAACGUUUGGGACCAGCACUUGUAUAACACAGACCCUCUGUAUCUGCCGGAAGACAAAGCCUUCGUCACCGAGACUCAGGUCGUACGGGAAACCUUGUGGCUUCUCUCCGGGGUGAAGAAACACUUUAUAUUCCAGCAUCAUGACGGCAAAGUGUCGGUGAGGAAUAAUGUGGUGGUAACCCAUCUGACAAGUAACUGCCUGCACUCUGUGCUGGAGCACGUCGCCGUGUACGGACAGGCGGUGUUCAGGCUGCAGAGGUUCAUCGACGAGGUGACGGGCCACAGCUCAGAGCCCGGCCCACCGGGCCCGGCCUCCUCCCACAGCUACAGGAAGGGCUCGGAACCGCCUUUCAGGACCUACCAGGCUUUUGUUUGGGCUCUCAACAAAUACUUCGCCAGCUUCAAAGAAGAGCUGACCGCCAUCGAGCGAGAGGUCAUCAGAAGCGAUGAGACGGUGACCCUGUCCGGCGUUCUAGAGCGUCUCAGCCCUCACCUGGCCCAGAUCAAAGUGUUGCACAAAGUCUUUUGCACGGGAGUGGCUGAAGUUCCCCCAGCAACCCCAAAUGUUGUGCGGGCCUCUCACUUGCUCAAUACUCUCUACAAGGCUAUUUUAGAAUAUGACAGUGUUGGAGAUGCAUCAGAGCAAGCGGUGGCCCUGCUCUUUUCUCUGUGGACUGAGACGGUCAGGCCAUAUCUGGAGAUUGUGGAUGAGUGGAUUGUUCACGGCCAUCUGUUCGACCCAGCCAAAGAGUUCAUCAUCCAAAGAAAUAAGGACGUCCCAGUAAACCACAGGGACUUCUGGUACGCCACCUACACCCUGUACAGCAUCUCUGAGAUGGUGGACAGCGAGGAAAAGCUGAACGACGCAGCCAGUGGGAGCUCCGGUGGGGAUCCGGGCUCCAGCAACAGGCAGCUCACCAUGGUGUCCUUCCUCAAACCAGUGCUAAAGCAGAUCAUCAUGGCCGGGAAGUCCAUGCAGUUGCUCCAAAAUCUGCACUGUAAGGAAGCCCAGGAUUCCGAGAGAUCCUCCAGAGAUGCAGAGAGGAAGAGUUUGUACACGGUGUUUCUAGAGUCUGUGCAGUCCCGCCUGACCAGCCCAGAGGAAUCCCCGAACGACAAGAUGACCGAGCAGCAGGCCACGACUAGGAGCAUCAUAAAGAUGCAGUCCAUCAUGGCGCAGCACCUGAAGAUCGACGACGUCCACGAUCCACUCUUAGCCAUCAACUUCGCCAGACUCUACUUGGAGCAGAGCGACUUCCACGAGCGUUUCUCUGGCGGCGACUUCAUCGUGGACCGCUCGUCUCAGUCGGUCACCUGCCAGACCUUCGAGCUCACCCUGCGCUCCUGUCUCUACCCCCACAUCGAGAGGCGGUACAUCGAGUGCUGCGGCAACCUCAUGAGGACUCUGAAGAAAGACUACAAGUUGCUGGAAUACCUCCAAGCCAUGAGGAACUACUUCCUGCUGGAAGCAGGAGACACCAUGUAUGACUUCUACACCGCCAUCUUUGACAAGGUGCAGGAGAAGGAGAGCUGGCAGCAGCCUUCUUUUCUCAACGUGCAGCUGCAGGAGGCAGUGGGACAGCGCUACCCGGAGGACAGCAGCAGGUUGUCGGUCUUUCUGGAGCCUCUGGACGCGUCCAGAAAAAAGCACCCGGUGAACAAUUUGGAGGUCCUGACCCUGAGUUACAAGGUCCCCUGGCCCGUAGAUAUUGUGAUCAGCUCUGAGUGCCAGAAGAUUUACAAUCAAGUAUUCCUUCUCCUGCUGCAGAUUAAAUGGGCUAAAUACAGUCUGGACACGCUUCGAUUCAGUGAUUUUGCAGAAGUCACAAAGAAACUGGAAGGAUCUCCUGCUGAGGAAGCAAAGCUGAAAGAACCAAUAAGCCAGCAGACUCACAGAAUGUGUCUGCUGCGCGUUAAACUGAUGCACUUCGUCAACAGCCUCCACAACUACAUCAUGACCAGAAUUCUGCACAGCACUGGUCUGGAGUUUCAGCACCAAGUACAGGAAGCUAAAGACCUGGACCAGCUGAUCAAGAUCCACUACAGAUACUUGGCGACCAUCCAUGACCGCUGUCUGCUGAGGGAAAAGGUCAGUUUUGUGAAAGAGGCGAUAAUGAAGGUUCUCAAUCUGGUCCUCAUCUUCUCAGACCGAUGGCAAGCUGGAUUUGGCGCUUGGAAGAUCGAGUCUAUUGACAAGAUGGAGUCUGAUUUCAAAAACUGCCACAUGUUCCUGGUGACUAUACUUAAUAAAGCCGUCUGCCGGGGCUCCUUUCCUCACCUGGAGUCUCUGGCCCUCUCUCUGAUGGCAGGGUUUGAGCAGUGCUGAGCGACCCUCCAUGUUUCACCCAUUCAUCGCUUUGCCUUUGACUGUUAUGUAACCUGCUCAGACUGAUGGAGUGCGACACUCAUUGUUAGUUCAACAAAACAUUAAGAUAUUUAUUUAAAAAUGUUUUUUGUAAGUUAUGCUUUCUAUACAAAAUGUCAUGUUGAUUGUAAAUGUCAUGUGUAUAUGCAUAAGUAUAAAAUAAAGUUGCCUUGUUGCUUCUGCA